AUGGUCAGCAAUGAUUGGAUCUAUUUCUCUCUCCGUAAUGGCUUGGUCGACAUCUGCGACGGGCUAGCCACUUUUAUUAAGAAAUGGAAGCAUGAGUUUUUCUUCGUAGAUGCUACUGUGUUUACUGGAUCGAUGUGUUUUGGGGGAAUUACAUAUCGAGUCUCUGAACCUUCCCCUAAUCUUAGUACCGAGGAGCAGAUUAUUGUUGAUAGACUAACUACGAACUUUGUCAAGUGGGCCGGUCCUGAUGACGAGAUGCUCGAGAUGGCAGGGUUGGGUUACGUCAGGGUAUAA